CACUUUAAAUUAAAUAUCUAAAACUAUUCAAAAAUACUCAAAAACACUGAAAUUAACAUAAACACUACUGGUUCUCCAUCCAAAUAGAUAAACCCAACCAAUUUUCAUGUUAAUGUUUGAUAUUUAGCAUACAUAAUUCAAAUUUCUAUGUAUAUUAUUUUUUAGCUUUUGAUUUGAAGGUGGAUUGGGAUUUUUAUAUUUGUGUUAUAUAAUUUAACUGCAUAUCUGAACUCAAAUUCAUCAUAUGUUUCUAAAUUAAAAUUAUUUCAAACCAUCAUAUUUAUAAAAAAGAAUUGAUCAAAAAUCCAUCAUAUUUCAUAAACACAUACUACUAAAGCUAAAAAGUAAUAUACAUGGAAAUUAUAUGGGCCCGGCCCGAUAAAGGCCUACAAACAUUAACAUAUAGAUUAUAUGGGCCCGGGCCGAUAAAGGCCUUAUUAACAUUAACAUUAACUUAGUAUAUGCUUCUCAUUUUAACUACAUACUUUGGUAUUACAAAUAUGUACGUGCCACGGAUCUCUAUGCUAUAACAAAAAAUCAACGGUCGAAGAACUCAUCACCUGACAAAAACGAAAUGAUGACGAUUUGGACACCUUCGCCGUAGUUGAUAUCAAAUCUUUCCAUAAGAAAAUAAUAUGUAAUCAUCAAAAGCACAUAGAAAACAUAAGAACCUCCAUGGCUUCUCCAGCCUCUUCCCAAGGUUCUUCUAUGGCGAUGACGAACGGUGAUGUCUCAAGAACCCUAAACCCAGCCGCACCUCUCUUCUUUCCCCAAAACCCUUAUCUGCAUCACUACUACUUCUCUUCACCUCAGAUCCUCUUCAUCUCCGACACUAACUUCCCUCCCUCAUCUUCAAUCGUUGUGUACUAUCCUUUAUGGUAUAUCAAUCUUAACCCUACUUGGUUUGAGGCAACACAAGAAUUGCCUCCACUUCACUCUCAAGACCCUAUCCAAGAGCUGACUCCUCCACCGACCAGUAGAAAAAAGGUUUUUGGCUGGGAAAGAAGCAGCAGACACGACCGUAAUAAGCUGGUGUGGAGGAGGAAGAUCCAUUAUCAAGCUGAGUCCAACGGCGAUACAACUGUCAUGCUUAGAAACAUACCCAACAAGUAUACGAGAGAGAUGCUUAUUCAGUUCUUGGAUGAGCAUUGUGAAGAAGAAAACAACAAAGAGGAAGAUGAAGAGAAUGCCUAUGAUUUCUUAUAUCUUCCCAUCGAUUUCCAGAGCCAAAUGAACAAAGGGUAUGCAUUUGUGAACUUCACAAAAGCAGAAGCAGUGUCGAAGUUUAAGGCGGCGUGCAACAACAAGCCAUGGUGUUGUUUCGGUUCAAGGAAAAUACUUGAAAUUGCUCAUGCUCGGAUCCAGGGAAAAGAUAAGUUGGUGAAACAUUUCGAGCAAAUGAUUUAUCCAGCUGAAGCAUACAGUGCGGUGACUUUCAUCCCUGCCCGUAGGGGACCAAAGAGUACGGGUCUCACCAUCGUGAUCGGUAAAUGCACCGAAGCAGCCAUAUCGGUUUAGUGGUUGUUUCAUCUAUCAUGUUACAUAUGUUUAGGAUUAUGUAUGUGUGUGUGAUGGGGAACAUCGAACUAUGACUAAUGGGUGUGCCUAAAAGGAAAAGAAAGGACUCAGACACCGAACCAAAUCCAAGUUAAAACUCUAAAAAGUUUAGUUUUGGAUUUGGUUUUUGAUGUGUGUGAGUUUUGACUUUUCCUUUGUGUUUAUUGUAAGAGUCUACGUGUAACGGGUUUGUACUUAAAAAGGAAAAGAAAGGACUCAGACACCGCACCAAAUCCGAGUUAAAACUCUGAGAAGUUAGUUUUUGGAUUUGGUUUUUGAUGUGUGUGAGUUUUGACUUUUUCUUUGCAUCUAUGUUAAGGUUGUAUGUGUUUUUAUGCACUACUUAUGUAUUGUCGUUUAACUGUUGGUUUGUCAAUGUUACGUAAGUUGUAUUCUCUGUUGUUUUAAUUUUCGUGUUAGUGAUAAGAUUAUCAGUUUAAAAAAUUGGUUGAAUUUAUGUACAGUACCUUUCUUCUCUUAACCCGGAAGUUCCUCACAUGAGAACGAGAAUAACAUUUGACAGGAAAAUAAAAUUUAAAAUCAAGAAUUAAAAAAGCGACUACCGAUUAUCACUUAUAAGGACUUUUUUUUUUCUUUUGUCAACGAUGGAUACGUAAACUAUUAGGACUUUUUGGACCACAAGGAAAACGUUCACUAUUUGAAGCCGUGUUCUAGUUAUAUCCCAACCAGAGAAUGUUUUGCUUAGAAAUGUACUUUUUGUGAGGUAGUUUCCAAUGUUGUCAGUAUUCAUCUUUUUAGUUAAUUUUAUUUUCUGAACACUUGUUUGUACUGUACAUGGAGUACACGAAGAUCUUGCAAAUAGAUAAAACAUUGUUGACAAAAUCUUUGUUUAUUGGAGAAUGGACCAAGAAGUGACGCUUACGCUUUUUUUGUUCUCUUCUCUUUUUAUAGUAGAAGACUAGCUAUCAAUUAUGGCAAAAGCGACUGACCUCUUUUUAUUUACAAAAACGUCGAAAUGGUUUAGUAAAAGUGACUGUUCUCUUCCUAUUUAAAUGCACUUGACACUUUGACAGUCCACCCAGAGAUAAGAUAGACAUCUUAAAUUACGUAAUGCACACCGAAGCUCCACUUCUUGUCAGCCGUGCGGCCGUAAAUCAAAUAUUUGCUAAAGAAGAAUACGACUUUUGUUUGAAAAAUAUACGACAUUUUUUAGUGUUUAAAAAAAAAACGACAUUUGUUUUCAUUUCAUAUGUAAACAGCCUAGUGCUACACGUAAAAUGUUUUUUUUAAUUUGUAGUAUUCGUAUGUGCAUUAAUAAAAUAUUAUAUCCAUUUGGCCGGACGAAAUACUUUACACAAAAUUUUAAAUUAUUUCCCCGAAUCCAAUCUAGUACUACUACACAAAAUAGUCAUGUGCACACUCACCAUUUUAAGUUUUGUUUAUUGUGAUCUCAGAAAAAUAUAAAAUUUUGAGCUCGUACAAAUACAUGUAUAAGAAAUUGUAAAUUUAUUCAUUAACAUAACUAAACAUACAAAUUUUAAAUGGGUAUUUAACUCAGUUCUUUUUAUUCUUUUGUUUUUUUUCUAAAUGAAUUUGCGUUUGUUCUUAAAAAUAUCAUUUUUAUAUGUUUUUUUUUCUGACGAAAACAAUAAAAUACAAAACUCAGUUAAAAUUAUUUUGAUAUGUUUCCAUCUUCUUCUUUUCCAUCUUAAUUUUGUGAAAAAUAACAAAACUCAGCUAAAAUCUUACUCGAUAGUGGUAAAA